UCCUGCAGUAGUCUAGUUCAUUAGCCCCCACAGCACCAAUUGAUCCGAACCUCGGACUUCAACCUACAGCGGCGACUUAUCACACCGCUCCCUUAUCGCUCUUUCCCCCUCUUUCUCCGAUAUCUCGGGCAAGCCUUCUGCGGACCUUGAGCAAGGGCACUUUAGGUUCACCGGUUUUGUUUAGCCUAGAAGCAGGAUGACAUUAAAAUCCAAUAAAAACGAACCCGCUGUCAGACUUGAGCGGGUGAACAGCGCUCGAACUGCGCUCUCAGAUCUGUACCUUGAACAACUGCUUCAAAACAAACCAAAGUCAGAAAAGGCGGCCAUGCAAACAGAGACCAAGGGAGCUGAAGUGUAUACUAACGGGAGUGCUGGCCUCAUGAACGGUGCGGAGUUGACCAGAAUGAGAGAGGUGGCGUUUGAAAAGAAUCCCUCGGAGCCGAUGGGAGUGACUCUGAAACUGAAUGAAAAACAAAAAUGCACUGUUGCGAGAAUAUUGCAUGGAGGAAUGAUACACAGGCAAGGUUCCUUACAUGAAGGUGAUGAAAUAGCAGAGAUCAAUGGAACGACUGUUGCCAAUCAGUCGGUGGACCAGCUACAAAAGAUCCUGAAGGACACAAACGGGGUGGUCACCAUGAAAGUCAUCCCCAAGAAGAAGAGUCGCUCGCUAGUCUGUGAGAUGUACAUGAGAGCUCAGUUUGACUACGACCCUGCCAAGGAUGACCUCAUCCCCUGCAAAGAAGCAGGGAUGAAGUUCCAGACAGGGGACAUCAUCCAGAUCAUCAACAAGCAGGAUCCCAACUGGUGGCAAGGCAGGGUGGAGAGCUCUGCCGCUGACUUUGCUGGCCUCAUACCCUCCCCCGAACUUCAAGAAUGGCGGGUGGCCAGUAAGAGCAAGGCCGUAGGACAGGCGAGCCAAUCAUGCAGCCCCUUUGGAAAGAAGAAAAAGUGCAAAGACAAGUACCUAGCCAAGCACAGCUCCAUUUUUGACCAGCUGGAUGUCAUUUCGUACGAAGAAGUUGUUCAGCUCCCUGCCUUUAACAGAAAAACGCUGGUGCUUAUUGGGGCACCGGGUGUCGGAAGAAGCCAUAUUAAAAGUGUGUUGCUGACCAAAUACUCCGACAAGUUUGCCUACCCUGCGCCACACACCACGAGACCCUCGCGGAAGGAGGAGGAGCACGGGAAGGAGUACUACUUCAUCUCCAACGAGGUCAUGACCAAGUGCAUCACCGGGAACGAGCUGCUAGAGUACGGAAGCUUCCAGGGCUUCAUGUUUGGCACCAAAAUCGAUACGAUCCACAAGAUUCACGAGCAGGACAAGAUAGCUCUGCUUGAUGUGGAGCCACAGACACUGAAACUUCUGCGGACUGCUGAGUUUGCUCCUUUAGUGGUGUUCAUUGCCCCCACCACCACGGCUCCCCAGUCGGAGAGCCUGCAGACCAUCCAGAAGGAGUCGGAAGCCAUCCUGGGCACCUACAGACACUUUUUUGACGUGGUGCUGGUCAACAACGAUGUGGAAGAAAGUGUCAUGGCCGUGGAGGCGGCCAUCGAACGCGCCUCCUCCAGCCCUCAGUGGGUCCCCGUCUCCUGGGUCUACUGACCCGUGUCCCAGGCAUUCAUGACCUUUUGUUAAAUAACUGGUGCAAUAUAUUAAAAACCCUCACUCCUGUAAAACCUGUCAAUUAAAUCCCACCUCAAAAUUUGGUUGAUGUAAUUGUCAAUAGGUUUUACACCAAAAAAAAAAUCAUAGGCAAGAAAGCAAUAUAAAAGAUUUAUUUGAGAAUUGUGAAACAAAGGGAUAUUUACAUGUUAAGACCCUUCUGCUUAGGGGGGUGCCACACCUAGAUAAUGUUAGCAAUGCAAAAGGACCACUACUGUGAACGACCAAUCACCUAACAGGGUUCCCAUCAUGUGUUACCUUUGAUGUGUGCCAUUAAAUCCCAAAUCAACUCAUGUUUGUGUUCAAAUACAGGGAUGUCUUCUGCAGUAUAUAAACAUACUGUCAACUUGAGUGAUAUAAUCUGUUGGUGAUGUUUCUCAUUGUCUCAACUCAAAUGUAUACCUCAUGUCAUGUAAGGAACUUUUAAUCUGAAUUAAAACUCCCACUCCACAAGAA